AUGUCAAAGACACUUUCAUAUCUUCUCAUACUUCUGUCCUUGAUCAAUUUUUGCUCAACAAAGACCUGCUUUGAUGAGAGCCCUUACUGCAACACCAACGACUGUACAGUCCGACCCGGCUACGCCCUUCAGUACUGCAAGAAGACUUGCGGCAACUGUACAGGUCUUCUGUUUCUUCCUUCUCUUCUUCCAAAACAGAGUUGCAGAGUUCUGCUACGACUCUCAGUACAUCAACUGCAGCGAGGAGCGCAAAAAAGACUGUGAUGCGAUGCUCCGGGACUACUGUCCGCAGUUGUGUGGCGUCUGUGUCCCUCGCAAAAAGUCCAUCAAAAGAAUAAGUUUUUUAUGAAAAUUUGUCGAUUUUCUCAAAGUUCUAAAUUUUGAGAUACGGUUCCGAUAGCUACCCUCCCAACUAAUAAUAAGAAUUCGUCGACAACAAAGGUAAUGAUGAACUUUUAUUAGGUAAACUAUCUAAAAUUCAAGCUUUGUAAAUUUCGAAAUUAGAAGGAUUCUUCCAAGAUUGAUCAUUGCGGAAUGAAAAAAACGGUGUUUUUCAAGCAUCAGUUUAAUUGAGAUUAGAAAACUUAAAUCAGAAAAGCCAUUUUGAAAAUUCCUAAAUAUAACGGCGACGUUUCUGAGCGAUUCUAGGGAUCACUUAAGGGCGAUGACGCUACUAAAGCGGUCACUUGGAGUUUGUGCAGCUUCAGUAAAAAUCAAUUAUCCUGAUUUUUCUUUCUAGAAAACUUUAUAAAAAUUUUUUUUCUAGAAAACAUUUUUAAAAAAAGAUAAACUAAUUUGAAGUCUCCUUUUUCGAAAAUUCUAAUCGCUCAGUAAGUUUUUUUUUCUUUUUGAAAACUCCUUUGAUUUUCGGCAAUAAAAUGUGUGCCAAUUCAACAAAAACUUCCCUGAAACAGUUCGGUUUUUUUCAAAAUCGCUCGUCUUGAACUUUUUGAAUUUAAUUACCGUUCAAUUCCUGAUUCAGAAUACGACUUUUAUAUCGGACGUGACCAACUCGACGCCGUCACGACAAGUCGGGGAUCCCUACGACAUCAAGUGAGUCUUCAAAAAUUUCGAGAAGCUUCAGAUUUUUUUUUCUGUAAAUCGCAAGAUACUUUAUAUGCCUAGGGACCGCAGGUUAUUUUUUAAAAAUUAUCCGAAAAAUAUUCUUUUUUAUAUAGUUCAAAAGAACCUUUCGACAAAUAAAAUUUCCCCUCAUUCAGACUAAACUUCGGGAAACAGCCAUACGCGGUGAAGACGAACGAGUUGAAAAAUCUACCGUUCGAGAACAAGUUGAUCGUGGAGCAAGAUACAUUAGGCUCAGGUGGGAUUCAUUUUUCGAUUUAUAAGAAUGAUAUUAGGAACAGGGGAUUUUUACCGUCCUGUCGACGAGUUCUACGGGAUGCCAGAGCCAGAGCCAAUUCCAAUAAUGCCUCAUUAUCCUUAUUCUCAGCCUUAUGAGCUGCCGAUUCCGCAGUGAGUUAUUAUUUUUUAUUAUUUUUUUUUAGGCAAAAUUUUUUCCAAUUCAUUUGAAAUCAAUGCGUCCUAAAGUACCAAGUUUCAUUCGAUUCUCAGUGGAGCAACUUUCCUACUUCUCUUUUGAGCUUAUGAUACACUGAAUGCUACAAUUUCCAAGCUCUUUAGAAGGAUCGGACCAAUAAGAACCGCAUUCAACCCGUCAUUCGGUGCCAGUUCCUCUAUGGAAGUCAGACGUUCACCUUCUUCCCAUUCAAUGGUUCGUUAUAAAAGUUCAAAAUAUACCUUAUUUUUUUCAGGCGAUGCUGCCGUACGGAAGCUUCCAAGGAAAUUCAGGUCUGAUCCCCAGUCACGCUCCUCCGCGACUUCGGCCAGCGUUGCUGCCAGCAGCCGAGCCGGCUCAGGCCCCAAAUAACGAGUCGCCGCUGCCUUUGGCCAUUUCUGACCUCAUCGCUUUUCUCGGUUCGCCUAUAAUUUUCCAGUAUAUAAUUUAAAAAAGCAUGAAUGUUACGUUAAAUUUGAGGAGGUUCGUUUUAUCCAAGCUUGAGUGCUUUGAGCCUUGAAAAGAUUUUAUUUCUUUUCAAUUUCAGGGAAAUUAAAAACCUGGUAUAAAAAUUUGAUAGAUAGAAGCAAAAGAAAAAUAAUAACUCUCCAUUAAAAUAAUUUUAAAGUGCGCUCCUUCUCACCAGGGAAUGGUCUCAGCUCACAGUGGGACUUCUGAAUGAGACCACUUCAGAAAAAUCAGAAAAAUCAAAGGUGCUACGUCUACGGCUUCAAACUUUGCUCUUUUAGAUAAGAGAAACGUGUUUUUUACUAUUUUCUUAACGCCGCUGGAAGCUUUUGCGAAUCAGGUUCAUACCAUUUUCGUAACCUAAGACUUCUGGGAAUUUUAUAGACUGUACUUUUAUAACCAAAAAAUAAAGAAUCAUGAAAAAAUCGUUGAGGGUGUCGCGAUCGAGAUCCUCUGGUUUGUUCGAAAGUGACGCCGGAAACUUGUCUAUCCCGACCUGGCUACUACCUCAAACUAUGUCCCGUCACUUGCAAGAAUUGCAAUGGUGAGUCAGACCAUCGAUCCAAACAUCAAACUCAUUUCAGGUCUUCAAUGCAUCGAUUCGAUCAAAAUCGACUGUGCAGAGGUGCGCGGAAACGGAAAUUUUCGCGAAAAGGUCGUGUUUAGGUAGAGAAACACGGAGGUUGCAAGCUGGGGCCGGCGGCCGAGUACUGCCCCAGAACCUGUGGACUUUGUCCGCCGCCGCCAGGACUCGCGGACUCUCUCUCGCCUUGCAAGGACGAACUGGAGACCUGCCAGCACCUUGCCGAGAGCGGCGCUUGCCAACAAUCUUACAGGUCACAAAGAUUUUCUGCUUUUAAACAAAAUCUGUUAAUUGACCUGAAACUUUCCUAAUUUUUAAAUUAAAAUUACUUUUUCCAGCAAGGCAGCUCUCCGGAUUUACUGCGCCAAGAGCUGUGGUUUCUGUCGAGAGCCGCAGUUUUACCAUACCGAUUAUCCGCUCGCCACGCUCAAGUUGAAGGUUCAAAUUUCUACGAAACCACAACCUGCAAUUCAUUUCAGCAACCAACAAAUAGAAGAACACCGAUUGGAAAAUACGCAAGACAUUCCGUUUGA